AUGUACACAAUUAGAAAACGGAAAGUUCCUGAGUUACCGAAAAGUAUUCUACGAAGAGAAAGCAAAAAGCCAGAUACUCCCAGAAAAGUUGGGUUUUAUGAUGACAUAGGAAAACCUCUUGUUGAUUAUCGUUAUCUUCCGUCCCGAGACAGUGAGGCAACAAUCGAUCAUUCUCUUUAUGCACACGCAUCGGGAAAACUGAUAUGCCAUCCGGAUAAUGUUGUUAAUCAUGUGAAAUGGAGUUUGUUACCAGUUAAAAACGCUAAAAAGCCGCACACAGGACCAUCAGAAAUGAGAAAAAUCGAGGAGAAAAGACUGGAUGAUAAUAAUAUUUCAAGAGCUCCAUUGUUUGGAACAUCCGAUAUAUUCGAACCUCCAAAUUUGAUAGCUGAUGCCAACCUUCGCGCUCAAAAACCGGUCCCAAAUAUUCCUUUGACAAAUGAUUUUGAUGAUAUUCCUCAAGUAUCAGAACCUCAACAUACUUAUGAACAAGUAUUCGAGACCGGUCCAGAAUUUGUCGCAGAAGUGAACGAGCCUGCCAAACCGCAAUCGAGUUCAGUGUUUGAUCUGUUGAAUCAGCUGAAGCAACGCGGUUUCUUGGCCCCGGCGGAGCAACAACCACAACCAUUUUUGGAUAAUACCAAUCCAAUGCCAUCGUAUAGACCUUCACCGAAGUUCUCCUAUAAUGGACGGAGUCGUGGACCGUGUAUUCACUACAUAACGAAACCAAAAGGAUGUUUGCACGGAGAUAGAUGUCGGUUUGAGCAUGACGAUAUUAAGAGAGCCAACUAUCAAAAAGAUCUUCAAACUGGGACUCUGAGAAGCGACACUUGGCGAUACAACAAUCCACGACAACGCCGUACUCCAUACAGAAAUCCAGGAGAACGUCAAAGUCGUUUUGAUCGUUCGAGAAGCCCUCAGACUGUUUCAUGA